AUGUCUUCAAGGCAUCGAACUUCCAAUCGAGACACUCCCCGCCGGCGCAAAACUGCGCUGGCAUGUGAAUCAUGCCGAGAAAAGAAAGUCCGGUGUGACGGCUCGAAGCCGAUAUGUGGGCCUUGCGCGCGGCGAUCCUAUCCGAUCGAUCGAUGCGUCUACAAAAUUGAGAAUGCUCGUUCGGCCAGUAAUGACGAGUAUCUGAAGAUUCUCCACGGUCGGAUUCGAGAUCUUGAACAGAUCUGCUCCCAAAAUGGAGUUGCUAUCCCGCCUGCGCCCCACAGCAUCGGUGAUGGAGACAUGCGGCUUGACGAUAUCCAAGAGCCUCAGCCCGGUGGAGACGUCUCGAAUAUAGAGUCUAGAACAUCUGUUGCUGUGGAGGGCCUUCUUGGGCUUGGUUUGACUCCUGAGCUUACUGGGGUCCCUCGUCCAUCCUUAGCGUCCCUCUCUCCCGGGACGAUCCUACCACCACUUAGAAACACAGCUCCCGUGCAGCCAUCUCAGCCAAGCAGGAGGCCUUCCGAAUAUGAAGGCACCACGCCGCGUGGAACUCUGGGUUCAUAUGAUGCUCUCCAAAUGUCUUCCAAUGUCUACUCUUCCCCGUCAGUCAACCCCCACGGCAAUGUCACAGCCAUGGGCGCAAUAUCAGUCGCCGAGGACGAAAACACCGAUUCGCCUCAAGAACAAUACUACGGAAACUCGUCUGCAGCAUCCUUCAUGCGCCUUGCAAGAGAUUCUAUGCCUAUCCAAACCUACUUACAAGCUCUAAGACGCAUCGAAAGCGAUGCACCUGAUGCUUCCAAUGGAGACACGGGCCUUUGGAAAGACUGCAAUGUCCCAACUCUAGGCCUCCAAUUCGAUGACUUUUCUCUGCCCCCUCGAGCUCUGGCAGAUCACCUGCUUGAGUGUUAUUGGGAACGAGUCCAUUGUCUAUAUCCUUUCUUCCAUCGCCCGAGUUUCGAACAGGCAUAUGAGAAUCUUUGGGGCUCGAGUAAGUGGCCGAAACCUGAACUUCCUGAACUCAAUAUCGGGCUUGGUGGCUCCUUUGAUUCGGGUCCUCAAUCGAUUGUUUUCCACUGUGCCCUCAAUGCUAUCUUUGGUUUGGGUUGUCAUUUUUCAGACAUCCCUGCUACUGAGCGCGAAGCAGCUGUGUACACAUUCUUCCUUCGGGCCAAACGGUUUGUUGGUCUUGAUCUUUUGGAUUGUGGGACCAUCGGAGUGGUGCAGACACUUCUUAUCAUUGCGAUCCUACUUCAAAGCACUCCUUACCCAAAUCGAUGCUGGAAUAGUAUAGGUGUUGCCUGUCGGGUUGCUCAGGGCCUUGGUCUGCACGAAGAAGCAUCACAGCGAUCUAUCAAGCCAUUGGAGAGGGAGAUACGGCGACGCACUUGGCACGGCUGUGUUAUAAUGGACAUGAUCGUGAGCAUGACCUACGGCAGACCAAGCAUGACUUCUCAUAUCUCCCCCGUCCCGCUCCCUGGAAUGAGACCCGAGUCACAAGAAGACGAUCCAUGCGAGCUCAGCGGACAACCAUGUGAUCACAGACAUGGGUACAUGACAUUCUACGUCUCGACUAUCGAGCUAUACAAAAUUCUCGAGUCGAUCCUGUCAGAGAUCUACAAUGCAUGGCAGUCCAGUUCGCAUCACCACCGCCCCAUGUCGCCCAGAGGCCUCAAGCACAAAAGCCUAGAUGUUAUCAUGGAGCUUGAUGAUAAGCUUUCCGGCUACGAGUCGAACAUUCCUUCUGUUCUCAAUUGGACAAAUGCCAAUCCGCUACCCAGCCCGAACACUUAUCAAGGGUCGAUUUUCCAGCGACAGCGGAAUGUCCUACGUGCAAGAUUCAUCCACCUUCGCCUCCUCCUUUUCCGCCCCAUGUUCACACAACUGUGUUCCGAAGAACGCCUAGGUUUGAGCAGACAGUCCGGCCAGGAUACAAACAAGAACACAGCCCGCCCCGAUAAAAACAUCAUCUACUCCUCCAUGUCCGUAAACUGCGCAGCUGCAUGCGUUACAGCCGCCGUGGAGCUAGUCUCUCUCGUCUACGAGACAUAUAGGACAUCUCUAACAGAUGCAUGGUGGUACAACGGCUUCUAUACUUCAACGGCUGGUUUUGUCCUGAUCAUGUCAUAUUCCUGUCGCUCGAUCCUCGACCAAAUCGACGCCCACACUGUCGACGAGAGCUGGCGCAAGUGCGAAGAGAUUCUCUCUGUCAUGUCCGUGUUUAGUGUUUCUGCGCGGAACUCGCUGCAGUUCUUGAAAGUUACACACCAGCAUAUUGUUCAGAACUACACUGGUCCGGGUCGAAAUGAAGACAUUACGUCCCUACUUCCGAGCCAAACACAGCGAAAAGGCAACCGGCCGUCCGAUCCUGAAUUCCCUUCUCAACCUGCAGGACACCCAGAUGAACAACCUCCUCGUGAUACAGAGCUCAACGCUCCAAUCAACCCAUUCAUGAGCUGGGAAGACACAGGACUAGGACAAGAGGAAUUCGGAUUCUUAGGAAGAUUCGACCUUCCAGACCUAGCAAGCUGGUUCUCAGAUGUCCCAGACAUAUUAUAA